UCCCGGAAUGAAGAACCCAAGUCGGUGGUCCAGUAAUGUCCAGGUUACCUGACCGAUCUCUGCUCACCCGCUGCGAGAUAUUCGUCUAUUUUGGCGUCUAUAUAGCCUACAUUGUGGUGGGCCUGUACAAGAUCUAUGGACUGCGGGAUCACAUAGUCGAGGAGGCAAAGUUCCAGUUCCCGGAGGGCUGGAGCUUCUAUCCCUUCUCCCAGCGGCGGCGAGAUGAUAGCAACGAUGAGCUGGAAAACUUCGGCGACUUUAUAGCCGUCUUCUGGCCCUUCUAUGUGCUCCAUGCGGCUGUGCAGGGAUUAAUCCGCUGGAAAUGUGCCCACCUUCAGUGCUUGGGCUUUGCCGGUGUGUGCGGAUUGGCCUUGGUUGUGAACCUGGACUGGACAUCGGUGGUGCUAUUGGGCACCUUGAUAGGUAGCUAUUACCUCAUUUCCCUGACCACAUCUAAACGGAUGGUCUGGCUCUUAUCCGCCAGCUGGAUACUGUGCAUCAAUGUGAUCCAGAAGAAUGCCUGGUGGACGGAUCGUGUGGGCUACUCGGAGUAUGUCCUGGUCAUAGUCACCAUGUCGUGGAGUGUGCUACGAGGCUGCAGCUUUUCGCUGUCCAAGAUGGGCGCUAAAAAGGCAGAGGAGCAUCUGGACAGAUACAAUCUCAUCCAGUAUCUGGGCUAUGCCAUGUACUUUCCCACCCUUACCUAUGGGCCCAUCAUUAGCUAUCAGAGAUUUGCAGCCAGAAGGCAGGAUGAGGCUCAAGACUGGCUGGCAUUCGCUGGAGGCAUCCUACGCAGUGUCAUCUGGUGGCUACUGAUGCAGUGCGCCCUGCACUACUUCUACAUACACUACAUGUCGCGGGAUGUGCGCAUGGUGGAGCUGAUGGACUCGGUUUUCUGGCAGCAUUCCGCCGGCUACUUCAUGGGUCAGUUCUUUUUUCUCUACUACGUGGUCACCUAUGGCCUGGGCAUAGCCUUCGCCCUGCAGGAUGGCAUUGCGGCUCCCAGCAGACCACGUUGCAUUGGCCGCAUCCACUUCUACUCGGACAUGUGGAAGUAUUUCGAUGAGGGCCUCUACGAGUUCCUCUUUCAGCAUAUCUACGCCGAAAUGUGCGGCAAGAGAUCCUCGCCAGCGGUCAAAUUUGGAGCCACUGCGUUGACCUUUGCCUUUGUGUUCGUCUGGCAUGGUUGCUACACCUAUGUGCUUAUCUGGAGCAUCCUCAACUUCCUCUGCCUAGCUGCGGAGAAGCUGUUCAAGAUGUGGACCUCCUCGCCGGAGUACCAGCUAUGGACACAUCGUCAUCUGGGUGAAGUGGGUGCCCAGCGUUUGUACGCCGUGUUGGCCACCCAACUGUUCAUCCCAGCCGCCUUCUCCAAUGUCUACUUUAUUGGUGGCCAGGAGAUCGGGGACUUCCUGAUGCGCGGCGCCUACCUCAGCGGAGUGGGCAACUACAUGGCCUUGUGCUUCUGCAGCUACUGCUUUUUCCAAUGCUCCGAGCUGCUCCUGACCAAGUCGGAUGCUCGCUCCAAGACGAAAACUAUUUGACCUCGCCUAAAGUCUGCCUAAAUCUAAGUGAAAAGGGACUACUUUUGAACAAUCUUGUAUUGAAAUUUGUAUUAUAUCAUGGCUUUAUAAUUGUU